UCAUCGAAGCUGGUUUUUCAAGGGUCAAUAGAGCGGGCAUACGUAAUAUCGAAAAAGGCGGAGGCCAUACUUUCAACGGUUCUGGCUGACAUACUAGAGGAAUCGGUGGAAGAUGCAAGAAACUUGGCGUUGUCCGCUGGAAAAAAAAGCAUAACUCGCGAAGAAAUGGAGAUGUCAUUGAAAAAUCUCUGUCUGCGUCUGAGCACUUCACCCGCGAACAACAUCCGAUUUAAUCCUUGGAACGACCCCGAAGAUAACAACGACGAAAAUAACAACACACUUAAUUCGUCCAAGGUUGGUCGAAAGCAGAGUCGCGAAUAA